CGAACAUAGACGUGACAUGUGACGUAGGUGCGAAGACUGCUCCAUAAACAAGAAUGGCUGAGUCACAAUGGACUAUACACGUCAAACAUGGAUCACAAAGUCUAGAAUUGCAAAUAGAUGCAAACAGCAAAGUUAGCGACCUUCACGAGAGGCUACAGACGCUGACCGGCGCAUUCGUGCGGAAGCAGAAGCUCAUCCACAAGGGCAAGGUGCUGGCGCCGAACCUAGAGCUGACCAAGGCGGGGCUGGCCAGCGGCGCCAAACUCAUGCUGCUGCUCAGCGACGCAGGCGCGGUACCAACCCAGGGGCAGGCGGCUCUACAGCAAGCCAAGAAGGCCAAGCAAGACGAGGCUGCAGCCCGGGUAAAGGAGCUAUACGCGCAGGCCAAGGGCAUGGGGGGCGCCGCGAGCGCGGCAAUAGCCGCGGCGGCGGCGGCGGACGCCACGCGCGCUGCCGCUGCGGCGGCGGGGCCGGCCAUCGAGUGGACGGAGCGGAAGCGUAACUGGGAGAAGACAGGCAUCAUCUCGCUACGGGACCUUGGCUUGACAGCGGCUCCCGAUGACCUUUUCGAGCCGGCGCCCAGCACCGCUUCUGGCUACGCCGCCUCUGCCACCUCCACCGCUAGCACCUCCGGCACCACCGCCACUGCCGCCGGCUCUGCGGCGCCGGGCCUGACCGGUGCGCGCGUGGCGGACCUGUCCCACAACCGGCUGCAUCGGCUGCCUGCCUCGCUCGCCCGCCUCAGCUGCCUACACACGCUGCGACUGGACGCGAACGGACUGACCAGCGGCACCAUGCCGUGGGAGGCGCUGGGCAGUCUCACUGGCCUCACGGCGCUGACGCUGAGCAGCAACCUGAUGGACGUGCUGCCGGACGCCGCGGUGUCGGGUUUGAAGGCGCUGCAGGUGCUGUCCCUCAGCGGCAACCAGCUGCGGGCGCUACCCGAGGCCUUGGGCGCGCUGUCGGCGCUGGAGGUGCUCUCCGCAGACGACAACAAACUAGAAGCUUUACCCGGCAGCCUGGGCGGGUGUGGUGCGCUGUCAGAGCUGUCGGCGGAGCGCAACUUUAUCCGCGAGCUGCCGGAGCAGCUGGGCCGUCUGCAGAAGCUGCGCAGCCUGAGGCUGGACAGCAACAGGAUUGCAUCGGUACCGCCGACCCUGCUGAAGGACUGCGGCAGCCUGGCAGUGCUGUCGCUGCAGGACAACCCCAUCACUGCCGAUCAGCUGCGCUCGACCCCCGGCUUCAAGGACUACGACGCACGGAGGGUGGCGCUCUGCAACAAGCAGCUGGACGCCAAGGUGAGCGCGCACGCCACCCGCACCUUCACGGAGGGCGCGGAGGACCGCCAGUGGCAGCGCUACGCAUCGGGGCAAGGCGGAGGCGGCGGUCAGCAGGGCGGCGGGAGAUGAGAUGCGCAGUGGAGUGCGAGCUAGCCUGGCUUGUGGAAUUGUGCGUGGAUUCACAGUACAUGGAUGCGGCGUACAGCAUACCGUAUACCGAAGAUGAACUUGCGUGUUGGAGAAGGCAAGAGCACAACCGUGUGUGUUUGGCGCGGCAGCGGAGGUCAAGGGGGAGGUGCAUUGCCUUGGGGUCUGUAGGUAGUUGUUGUGCAUGGCGGAGGGCAGUGGGCAGGUGCAGUGUGAAGUUGAGUGUGUGCAGGGGGAAAAGGGACGUUUGAAGUUGUGCACGCAGGCUGCUGUCGCCCGUGACGCUGGUGUGUGCAUGGGCGAGGAUGGGCGUGUGGUGCGGGCGUGUGGCGCUGGCUGUGUGGGUGCUGUGGCCAUGAGACUGCAUUAUGGCAGAGCAUUACCCUUGUUUGUAAAUACCUUUCGCA